AUGGUGCUGAUUCCCAAGAAGUCCCGCCGGGCCAUUCUCGAGCACCUCUUCAAGGAAGGUGUCAUGGUUGUGAAGAAAGACUACCAGGCGUGCAAGCACAACGAGCUGGAAGACAUCCCCAACCUUCACGUCAUGAUGGUGCUGCGAUCGCUGGCUUCCCGCAACUACCUGUCGGAGAUCUACAGCUGGCAGUGGCAUUACUACACCCUGACCAACGAGGGUAUCGAGUACCUCCGUGAGGUGCUUCACCUCCCUCAGCAGGUGUUCCCACAGACCCUGACCAAGCAGCGCCCCACCCGACCUGCAUUGGCUGGUGGCGACUCCUCCGAGGGAAAGGGCAAGGGCAAGGGUAAGGGCUGGAACCGCGAGGAGCUGCAUCAGCUGAGGAAGGCUAAGCGAAGACAGCCACUUCUGAGAAGUCUAGUCUGGUUAGAUGAUGGUUCGAGAGUAGCGGCAGCAGGAGGCUUGCUGCUGGCGAACCCGAUUGACGUCAUGGUGCUGAUUCCCAAGAAGUCCCGCCGGGCCAUUCUCGAGCACCUCUUCAAGGAAGGUGUCAUGGUGGUGAAGAAAGACUACCAGGCGUGCAAGCACAACGAGCUGGAAGACAUCCCCAACCUUCACGUCAUGAUGGUGCUGCGAUCGCUGGCUUCCCGCAACUACCUGUCGGAGAUCUACAGCUGGCAGUGGCAUUACUACACCCUGACCAACGAGGGUAUCGAGUACCUCCGUGAGGUGCUUCACCUCCCUCAGCAGGUGUUCCCACAGACCCUGACCAAGCAGCGCCCCACCCGACCUGCAUUGGCUGGUGGCGACUCCUCCGAGGGAAAGGGCAAGGGCAAGGGUAAGGGCUGGAACCGCGAGGAGCUGCGAUGCGUGGUGUUCUUGCCUGAGUAA